AUGGCCGAAAUACGCCGCCGACCGAUCACCCCUUCCAUCUCGGACCAUUCAAUACCUGGCCCUUCAGCAGGUCAACGAAGACCCCAGCAGAAGCUCUGGCGAAGAUCAAGGUUGCUCCUCUUCCUAUUCUUCUCAGCAGGUUUACUUUGGCUGUAUAAUAUCGCUUCAUCUGUAUUUAAGAAUCUCCCAUUUUUAGCCUCUCGAGAUAAUCAAAGGUUCAACGAGGGUUUUACCAAGAUUCGACCUUCUGAUUUAGAACUUGACAUACCACCGGGGUAUGUCAUUGGACAUGCGGAUUUCCGAGAUGGACGAAGUAGGAGAUGUAAGAAGGAAUAUGUACAGCCUGAGAGUGAAGGAUGUAAUUGGGUCAACGUGAAUUUAGGGAAUGGAGGGUCUGAACCGAAUUUGAGUGGUGGUAUGAUUCCCGCUGUCGCACCUCCUUUUGGAAUGACUCGAUGGACACCGCAAACGAGGGAGAACUACGUAUCGAUGUGUCCAUACAAUCAGACAGACACGAAAAUACACGGGCUUAUCGGAACACAUCAACCUGCCAUAUGGAUGGGGGAAUCUGGUCCGGUGGAGAUACAUGCUUCUCUAGGAGAAGUCAUUACUGAUUUCGAGAAAAGGGGAUUAACGUUCAAGAGGGAAGACGAAUAUGCUAGUCCCAAUUAUUACAGGAACUUGUUGGAUGCUGGGAACAAUAAGGGAGAGCUGGAGAUAGAGAUGUCUGCUACUUCUAGGGUAGGACUCAUUCGAUACACCUUUAAUCCUUCUUCCGAAUCCAUCAAACCUCAUGUGGUACUGCAGGCCAGUAGGAAGACAUGGAUCUUACAUGGUGAUCAGCCUGAUAAUAAGGUGGCUUACUAUCCUGAUGGACACAUCGAGGUUGAUGUGGAGAAACAGGAAGUCAGAGGAUGGAAUGAUGAGAGACAGGAUCACGUCUUAGCAGGAGAUGAACUGCCGGCUAAAAACUUCAAGUCAUAUUUCGUCGCUAGAUUUUCUCAACCUUUUUCCGAAGGAGGUAUAUCGCAUGCUGGUAAAAUACAACCUGAAGUCCUUAGAGGACAAGGAAAGGUACUAGCUGGAUAUGUCCAGUUCCCAGAAAAUACGAAAGAAGUUGAAGUCAGAGUAGGAGUCAGUUUCAUCAGUCUUGAACAGGCCAGUCGGAAUAUCGACCUUGAGAUCCCAUCUUCUCAAAGCCUCGCUCAGACAUCCCAAUCAACUCGAUCCCAAUGGGCCGAUAAGCUCGAUCUACUUUCCGUAGAGGGAGCGACACCCUCCAAUUUGACUGUCCUAUACACUUCAUUCGCCCAUACGCUAGUAUAUCCAUAUGAGAUAUCCGAAACUACCCCUCAAGGAUCGAUGUAUUACUCGGGAUAUAUAGAUAAGAUAGUUUCGGGAAUUAGUUAUACCGGUUAUUCCAUAUGGGAUACGUUCAGAGCUCAAUCUGCGUGGUUGAUUUUGGUCGCUCCUGAACGAGUUGGAGGGAUGAUCCAAUCGAUGAUUCAGGAUUAUAAAGAAGGUGGAUGGUUACCUAUGUGGAAGAAUGUUGUGGAGACUAAUAUUAUGGUGGGGAGUCAUGCGGAUAGUUUGAUUGCGCAGGCGAUGAAAGUCGGUGUAAAAGGAUUUGAUUAUCAGGAAGCGUGGCAGGCUGUUAGGAAGAAUGCUUUCACACCUCCUGAUAGGGAUACAGAACUUCGCUUCGGCGAUAGAGAAGAAGGUACACCCCAAGAAGUCAGAGCAGGUCUAACGGAAUACAGGAAACUUGGUUAUGUAGCGGAUGAUCUGCAUAGUGAAUCGGGAAGUAGGACAUUGGAUUAUGCUUACGACGACCACGCCGCAUCGAUCGCAGCGGAUAUCAUGGGAGCCAGGGACGAUGCAGCGUUCUUACGUGAACGAUCAAAGAAUUACAAGUAUUUGUAUAAUAAUCAGACAGGUCAUAUGGAAGCGAGGAAUAGUGAUGGUUCAUGGGCUGGUCAAGAGAAAGGUUGGACGGAAGGUGAUCAUUGGGCUUAUACACUGGAUGUCAUGCACGACGUACCUGGCUUGAUAAAUUUGAUGGGCAGUAAAUCCAACUUUGUUGAUUUCUUAGAUAGACAUUUUGAAGGUGGACAUAAUCUACAUACCAAUGAACCUUCACAUCAUAUUCCAUACAUGUAUAUCCUAGCUUCUGCCCCACACAAAACUCAAGAGUGGGUACGCAGGAUAGGCGAAUCGGAUUAUAAUCAUACUGCCGAUGGAUUAUCGGGUAAUGAAGAUUGCGGUCAGAUGUCAGCUUGGUAUCUAUUUUCUGCUAUGGGAUUAUAUCCAGUCGAUCCUGCAAAUGCAACUUAUGUCCUUGGUGCACCAUUCUUCGAUAAACUCACAUUGACAUUACCAUCUACCGGAAAAAGGAUCGAGAUCAAAGCGAAAGGUGCAAGUUCAGGUAUGAAGUAUGUCAAGAAUCUCCAGAUUGGUGGAGUGGACCGUGAAGAUGUCGUGGUACCGCAUGAUGUGUUGGAGAAGGGCGGAGUAUGGGAAUGGGAGAUGAGAGGUGAUCAGCAGGUUUGGGGGAUGUAG